AUGUUCUGCCCAGAGCUGUUCUCCAUGCUCAACAGCUCUUUGAAGGCUCGCCACGAGGUCAGUUCCCUGCAACUCCACAACCUCGUUAUCCGACUGAUCACCAGCUUCAUCCUGGCAUCCCGGGCCAGGGCACUCAGGCCGGAGGUCACUGCCAGAAGCUUGAUGGUUUACACUCCCAUCCCAGAUGCACUCUUCGUCUGUUGUUGCGGUGAGAUCAACUUCCUGGCCAUUGCUAAGUGGGCAGCCAUUAACGAGGAGGAUACCGUUGACAAGGAGGAUAUCAACAUGAUCAUUGAAUAUGAUGAAGAGACAGGUAUACCGGUGGAUGAUUCGAUAAUGAUCAUUCCACCUGACAAUUGUGAAUUUUCACCCUUGCCAAGUGCUAUUGGAUAUGAAGAUGAUGCAGUCAUGGAAGAUAUUUUGCCCACCAGUGACUCCCAAACCAUGGAUGUUGAAGAUUUUACUGAAGCCCAAGCAGCUCUAAGGGCCAAGAUACACCAGUCAUUCAAGCAUGCUCUGGACAACUUGCAGGCUCAGUGGAAGGAACACCUAGGAUACAUCACUGAGAGCCGCUAUUUGCAGACAUUCUACCGCCCUCCUGCAGAGUGUCGUGACAUCGUUGCACGCCUCCGCCAUCUUGCAAAAUAUGAAGAGCGCCUAUGGCACCAUGAAAUGUGUAUGCCACGAUAUGCAUUUGAGGAUAUCCUGGAAAGGAUACAGGAUGAUCCUGUCUUUCAUAACAACCCCAACCAAUCCCAGAUGGAUGUUGAGCGUCAGCUGGCUGUCUUCCUCUAUCGAGCUGGAUGA